AUGGUCUCAGUCUUCCUCUUAUUGAAGAACUCCAGCCUAAAGGUUUGCCAAAAAAUAAACCCAACUCAACAGUAAUGCAAAGCAUUGUUUGUUGGUUAGCUUUUUUCAGGUAGGUAUCAGAACACAUGCAACAGACGGGAAUUCCAUCUGGAUCACAAGAUAACGUUUCAGUUCCUGAUUCUGGAGCCGAAAUGGAUGAACCUCAGGUGGCUGUGGCUCCUGCAGUAACAUCAAAGUUGUCUGUUAAAGCACCUGAGUUUUAUCCAUCAGGAUACAACCAGAACUUCAAUCAGAACUUCGCAGAUUCUUCCUUUGAAGAUAGAUACGAUGGCUAUCUGACUUUGGCAGAAUAUGUACAAGACUUCUUAAAUCACCUCACCGAGCAACCAGGUUGUUUUGAAACUGAAAUAGAGCAGUUUGCCGAAACACUGAAUGGCUGGGUCACUGCAGAUGAACCUUUACAAGAACUUGUUGAACUCAUCUAUCAGCAGGCCACAUCUGUCCCAAAUUUUUCCUACAUGGGAGCAAGGUUGUGUAACUAUCUAUCUCACCAUCUAACCAUUAGCCCACAAAGUGGGAACUUCCGUCAGUUGUUACUUCAAAG